GCAUCAUUGUUAACGAAGAAACAAAAGUCUCGACCUUUUUGAGUUAGGUACUGAGCUUCAAGAAAGACGUACCUCCUAUCGAUGACCGGUUUGCAGCAACAUACUCCUUGAGGUUCUGGAACCAUUCGUCGGCUUGUGCCUCGCUGAAGACAUUGCGGACGACAAAACAUCCCGUAUCCUUGAGCUUGGUCUUUUGUUCAGGUGUCAGGGCGAAAAUGUCUUGGAACUGAAUUUCUGGUAUAGCAGAAGACCCUAGCUCAGCGAUAGAGUCUGUCACCGACUCCAGCUCCUUGCAGACUCUUAGCCAGCUCUGCACAAGCGCGUCUUUCCCAUACUUGUCCACGAUAGCCUUCUUGUACCCGACAAGGUCGUCACCACGUUCUGCCUUGGAGGCCGUGAACUCGGGCCAAUCCGGCCAAGACAAGAGUUUUCCAGGCAUCUUGUGUCCGUCGCUUUCCCUUUCUCUUCCUUAUCACCAAUGACGCCGAUGUCCUUGUGUGCAACUCGAGAUAUCAGAUAUCAGAAAUGAAAGACUCGAGUUAAAUAGCCUGCACGCUCAAGGUUUACGGACAUCUACGAAUGCUUCUAACCUACCUGGGCGCCUCUUUCGGCUGAGCUCGGCCGAGUUUGUCAAUGCACAACCUCGACGGACUUCCACACCCCUGCGAAAUACGGGGAAAGGAGCGCUGUGGAGGAGAUACUAUAGAACGGUCCGGACAACACCGGCCAAUCGACGACUAGCCGGUUAUCUAGACCGUGCUAAACCAACAGGGCCACUGUCGACCCAGCUUCAUCUUCCAGUCUCAGAGAUAACAGACGAAAGCCAAAUCUCAACACCAGCCGGCGUCUUGGUCCAGGUCACAUAAUCCCUGAAUCGUUAUUGGCCGAACAGGAGAUCUCUUGACGUACGCUAUCUCAUGGACAACACCAUUCGUUCAUAAGAGUACGAACACGAGCAUCAAGUCGUUGUUUCUAGCCAGGCGAGCGAGAUGUCGCUACUGUGCAUUAUGUCUAUAUAGGGCAGCGAUAAUCCCUCGGUCCAUUCGAGCUUCCACGAACCCAAAACCCAACCAAAUUCAAGAGUCGCCGUAUCAGUACUCCGUCAGGCUUUUCGGAGGGAAGCACAGUCCUGUGAAACAGCAUCAAGCAACAAAAUGUCCCCCAUUCCCUGGAGUCUGCCCUCAUGGGUGCCCAAAGACUCACGCGUCGCCAGUGCCCUGCUGGUUCUCACAUCAUGUGUGACCUCGACGACCCUAGGCUUCGACGGCUCGAUGAUGAACGGUCUGAACAUCCUCCCUUCCUACACCGACUAUUUCACCCUCACCACGGCCACGCUGGCGCUCAACACGGCCUCCGUCUGGAUGGGCAGUGUCAUCUGCGGCAUCGUGUACGCAAAAGUCCCUGACUGGAUCGGACGCAAAUGGGCCUUGUUCUUUGGCGCCAUCCUCACAAUCAUCGGAGUCAUCAUCCAAACCGCCGCCCAGAACAUUGCCAUGUUCGUCAUCGCCAGAAUCAUCAUUGGAUUCGGCACAGGUGCUUCCUCUAUUGCUGGUCCUAUCUACUUGGCCGAGACCCUGCCUGUCAAAUACCGUGCCUGGGGAUUGGGCAUAUUCUACGAUUUCUGGUACGUCGGCGGCCUGAUUGCCGCAGGCGUCACAUAUGGCACUGCCAAGUUCGACUCAACAUGGGCAUGGCGCCUCCCGUCCUUGCUCCAAUGUCUCUUCAGCAUCAUGUGUCUCUCACUCUUGCCUUUCACGCCCGAGAGUCCUCGGUGGCUCGUAUCCCAAGGACGAAAUCAAGAAGCCCUCGUUGCGCUGGCCAACACCUGUGCCAACGGCAACAUCGACGACGCCGCCGUGCUCAUUCAGUACCGCGAAGUCACCGACACCUUGUCCUUUGAGCAGACGUACGAGAAGCGCUCGUUUAUGAGCCAAUUCCUCAGCAGCGCAACCACGCGCAAGCGGAUUUUCCUGGUCAGCACGGUCGCCGUCUUCUGCAUGCUGAGCGGCAACAACAUCAUCUCGUACUAUUUCGGCACCAUGCUCACCCAGGCCGGAGUCACGGACUCGACAACGCAGCUGGAAAUCAACAUCAUCCUGAACGCCUGGUGCCUCGUGGUCUCCAUCAUCGGUACCAUGAUGUCCGACAGACUAGGCCGCAAGUCUCUAGCGGCCAUCUCCACCGGCCUCUUGACCAUCUUCAUCUUCAUCGUCGGCGCCCUGACCAAAGUAUACGGCAACUCGACCAACCAGUCCGGUAUUUACGGCACCGUCGCCGCCAUCUUCCUGUUCCAGGGCGCCUACAGCUUCGGCUGGACGCCCCUGACUGUCCUGUACCCGCCCGAAGUCCUAAACUAUAGCAUCCGAUCCAUCGGCAUGAGUUGGUACACAUUCCUCGUCAACGGCGUUGGCUUGAUGGUCACUUUCUCUUUCCCAUUCGCACUCGAGGCCAUCGGCUGGAAGACCUACAUGAUCAACGGCGCUUGGGACGUCCUUGAGCUCGUUGUUGUACUGGUAACCUGGGUUGAGACCCGCGGACGAACGCUCGAAGAGAUCGAUGAGAAUCUGGAUGGCGUGGUGCACAGUGAUGUCCCGAAGUUGGAGACUCUUAUGGGAGUGCCGCAAGCGGAGAGAGUGGGAAUUGUGGAAGCAUUGGACCUCUCGACUGCUAAGGAGGUUGAGGCACGGGGCACGGUUGUUGAGGUGCCGAAGGAUUAAGUGGGUUUGUAUGUAUCAUCCAUCAAUGACACGCUAGGUCGACAUUUCUUGAUGAACUUCCUCAGCAAGCUUUGUCUUGAGGGUCCCUGAGCGGAGCUCCUCGGUCGAUAUCAUCCGCCGAACUUUGAUUUACAAUGCGGCCGGCCUUCGUGAGGAGCUUUGCUAUUGAUGAGCGUCAUCACCGUCAAUGAGAAAAUGGCCUCAAGACUAUGUUUAGGUGGCGUUUCCCGGCCUAACCACUGUAUAUGAAGUAUGCACCAGAUGUAGCAAGACGCAAGAAGCCUUUUAUC